AUGCUUGCGGAUCCGUACGGGAUUGAUCGGUGGGUCUACCCACACACUUAUGCAAAUGUUGGGGACUAUCCCGAACAAUGCAAAGUGGGAGGCACGAAGUCUGGCAUCAACACCAAGUAUCCUUGCCCAAAGUGCAAGGUGCCGAAUGACAGGCUCAGCGACAUGACCUACGAGAUCAAGUACCGCACGGAGGUCAAGCAGUCGCAACGCGUGGCAGCGAUACAGGGUGCACGGACAAAGCGCGAUUGGAACGAUCUCGAGGUUCUUUACAGCACGCAUGGCGUUGAGGUAUGUCAUACAGAGGCUUGUCUAUUGUCAUUUUAG